UUACAACAAUUGAGCCCAACGUGGGUGCUGGUUUUGGCGCCGUUUUCUGCCCAUGCGGCAUUUUGUCAACUUCAUCAUCGCCUUGUGACGCCAUGUAUGGCCAUGUGCCGGUCGGUGGGGCUUUGUGUCGUCGACACCCCGUUAUCAUCAAGGACGUCGCCGGUCUGGUGCAGGGGGCUUAUAAGGGAAAGGGAAAGGGUAACCAAUUCCUCAACGACUUGUGUGAUGCGAGUGUUCUUGUGCACGUUGUAGAUGGGGCGGGUGCGACUAACGCGGAUGGGUCCGCGUGCCCUCCAGGAACAGGCUCUACAUGUGAUGACAUCACGUGGGUUCGUGCGGAGGUUCACAGUUGGAUCUAUGACAACCUCCGCGCGAAGUGGGGUGGGAUCCGGAGGAAACCGGAAAAAUUGCGCACAAUGUUUACGGGUUAUCGUAGCCCUCCUUCUUUCGUGGAUGGGGUGCUGCGGUACAUGGGCAUCACGAGCGAGGCAGAGUUGAUGAGCCAAUUGCCUGUAUGGAGGCAACCUGAACUUCAUCGUCUUGUGGCGCUGUACGUACGUCUGCGGUUUCCCAUUGUUGUUGCGCUCAACAAGUCCGAUAUAAAAUCAGUGGCCGGGGAGUUGCAUGCUGACCUUCAGCGACGUUAUCCUCACGAGAAAUUUGUGCCGAUGUCUGCAAAGGUGGAGUGUCAUCUGCUGCGGCUGCGGCAGAGCGGCCUUGUGGAAUACGUCUCUGGGGAUUCCUCCUUUAAAGAGAAGGGAAGCAGCGGCGACGGCAGAGGCUCGCUAAUGAGCCCGAUGGUGUCAAUGGCACUUGCGGAAGUGCGUCAGUUCUUUGGUUCUGGACGCAUCCCCACCACAACUGGCGUGCAGGAGGUGUUGGCUGCGGCGUUGUUCCUCUGCCCCAUCGUUUUGGUGUUUCCCACCGUCUCAAUGAAGUUGCCGCUGCCAUCACUGAGGGAAUGCCUUGUGUUCAAGUCUGGCAGCAGCGCCGGCGAUGUGUUUGAGUCGCUCCUGCGUGCAAACUUAUUGGAUGGGAAACUUGUGCGCUUUGAGGCGGUGUGCGCGGAGCGUCUGCGUGAGGGCCACGAGCCGACGUCUCUCAAGAAGGAUGCCGCGCUGCCGGGGAGGCAUGUACUGGUGCGUGUCCUCACAAACAAGAGACAAUUGGUUUUGUGA